AUGGCAUCCGAUCCACGCCCGUCUACGCCGAGCCGAGACAUCCUCGACCCCGAGGACAUGGUGCUGGACCAGGAGAUCGGGGACUUCCUGGCGGCCAACUGGUCCUGGCCUUUCCGGGUGGACCCCGGGGACGUCCUCGACCUGGAAUGCUCAGACCUCGAGGAGGGGGAGGUCCCGGCCCGAUCAUCGCCACGGUCCACGGAGCCGUCUCCUCAGCCCGACCGACCGACCUCGCCGACGGUGGAUCCCCAGCCGGCCGUCGUCUCUCCGCCGGCUGCGUCGCCUCCGCUCCGAGUCCGGUUCGCUUCGUCACCUCGGCGGCGGAUUCAGAUUUCUCCGCCUCGUCAUCAUCAUCGCCCCGCCUCUCCACCUCGUCCUCAUCGUCGCCCCGCCUCUCCAUCUCGUCCUCCUCGUCGCCCCGCCUCUCCAUCUCGUCCUCAUCGUCGCCCCGCCUCUCUACCUCGUCAUCAUCGCCGCUCCACCUCUCCGUCUCGUCGUCAUCACCGCCCUGCCUCCCCGCCCCGUCAUCCUCGCCGUCCUGCCUCUCCGCCCCAUCGUCGCUGCCGUCCCGUCUCUUCAUCCCGUCAUAGCUGCCGUCCCGUCUCUUCAUCCCGUCAUAGCUGCCGUCCCGCCUCGCCACCCAGUCGCCAUCCUGGCCCCGCCGCACUGCCUCGCCCACGUCUUGUCUUGCCGACUCGUCGCCUGCCCGAGCGUCGCCGUCGCGACUCCCCUCCUCGCCGCCCCCGUCUGGGAGAAGCACCAGCUGGAGCCGGAGCGGGCCCAGCGCGCCGCAGACCGUCCCCCAUCAUCUGGGAACCAGCUCGACCGAGUGGCCUGGCCCGAGCCCCUGUUCGCCGGACAGAGCCCGAAGAGACGGUCACCGGGAACGCCCUUCCGCUGUCCCGGGCAGUCCUACUACGGCUGGUAGCCGCCUACAACCAGCUCACACCGGAGCAGCGGCGCAACAAACGCUGGAGAAUUAUGCUGGGAGGCGACCGAUACGUGCGGCUGCGACCGAGCCAGGUGCUGCGAGUCGUCCGAGGCCGACUGCCGGAGCUGAGGCGGCGCUUCCAGCAGCAAGGAGGCAAUCGACCCCGCUAA